GCAGGCAAGCGGCGAUACAACAUCAAGCUCUGGAAGACGUUCACCGACUGCUUCAACUGUUUGCCCAUUGCUGCUAUCGUGGACGAGAAGAUCUUCUGCUGCCAUGGAGGGCUGUCUCCCGACCUGCAGUCGAUGGAGCAGAUCCGGCGGAUCAUGCGCCCCACGGAUGUCCCGGAUCAGGGCCUCCUCUGUGACCUGCUCUGGUCUGACCCUGACAAGGACGUGCAGGGCUGGGGUGAGAACGACCGUGGUGUCUCCUUCACCUUCGGGGCCGAGGUGGUGGCAAAGUUCCUGCACAAGCACGACCUGGACCUCAUCUGCCGGGCGCACCAGGUAGUGGAGGACGGUUACGAGUUCUUCGCCAAGCGCCAGCUCGUCACCCUCUUCUCAGCACCCAACUACUGCGGGGAGUUCGACAACGCGGGGGCCAUGAUGAGCGUGGAUGAGACCCUCAUGUGCUCAUUUCAGAUUCUGAAGCCAGCUGACAAGAACAAGGGCAAAUACGGGCAGUUC